AGUUGAGUUGUUAGUUUCAGUUCGUGUUCUUGGAGACCAGCCUCAGCCAGUGGGGCCCACCUUUGUUUCGUUUCGAAUUAGAUCCUAAUCCUAAUUCCUACUUAUUAUUAUUAUUAUUAUUACCCAAACUCUCUCUCUCUCUCUCACUCUCUCUCUCUCUCUGUCUCAGAGAUCACCUUUGCUUUAAUCAGUUCCGCUUCGAUUUUCAAUUAGGAAGUUCUUAUUCCCCAAUUUAGAGGACUUUGAACGACGAAAAUUUUUCUCAUUUGCAGCAAGAGACAAUGCAGAAUAAGGAUGGGCCCCGAGCAGAUGGGGAAUCAGAAGCUGCAACAUCCAAUCCAACACCUGACUUUGAUGAUUGGGCAAAGUUUGGGGAUGAUGAUAUUAUGCAGCAGCAAACUGCAAUCCGAGCUGAGGAAGCCGAGAAAACCCCAUUUGUAGGCGACAAGGAACCACUGUCUUCUCUGGCAGCUGAAUAUCAAUCAGGGAGCCCCAUCUUGUUGGAGAAAAUAAAGGUGCUUGGUGAAAAGUACGCCGCCAUUCGGCGAACAAGAGGAGAUGGAAACUGCUUCUUUCGGAGCUUUAUGUUUUCAUACCUUGAGCAUAUUUUGGAAUCACAAGACCGAGCAGAAGUUGAUCGUGCCAAAUCCAAUGUUGAGCAAUGUAGAAAAACACUUCAGAGCUUGGGUUAUGCAGACUUCACUUUUGAGGAUUUUUUUGCGUUAUUCCUUGAGCAGCUGGAAAGUGUCCUUCAAGGAAAUGGAACAUCCAUAAGCCAAGAGGAGCUUUUACUUAGGAGUCGAGAUCAGUCAAUAUCUGAUUAUGUUGUAAUGUUUUUCAGAUUUGUUACCUCUGGAGAAAUACGAAAGCGCUCAGAGUUUUUUGAACCUUUUAUAAUGGGAUUAACAAAUGCAACCGUAGAGCAGUUUUGCAAGUCAUCAGUGGAGCCAAUGGGUGAAGAGAGCGACCAUGUGCACAUUACUGCCCUGUCGGAUGCAUUGGGUGUGCCAAUCCGUGUUGUGUACCUUGAUCGCAGCUCGUGCGAUAGUGCUGGUGUCAGUGUAAAUCAUCAUGAUUUUAUUCCUGCUGUUGGUGGUCUUCCGAAUGCUAGUGGUAGCACUGAGACUGUUAGUCCCUUCAUUACCUUGUUAUAUCGCCCUGGUCACUACGAUAUUCUCUACUCAAAGUGAUGGUUGUUGUUCGUGUUUGUGGUUGUCUUUAAUUCCCUCGUCACUGAGCUCUCAGUCUAACUUCUGUUGAAGGGACAUCUUGUACUAAAAGCUGAAGGCCGAGGCUCUAUUAGUUCAUGCUGUAACUUGUUCUCAACUGUUCAAAAACUUCUGAUCUAUGACUGGGGACAAUGGGACCUAAACAUGAGUUUCCCUGAAACUUGGGACAGUUGUAGCUUUCAAUUCUGAAUUGCAUGAAUUACACAUUUGAGCUACUCGCCUGGUCUUUAAUUGUCUGUAUCAUUGUAUGGAAUUGCAUUCAUAAAAAAAAUUCUGUUUGAGUUA